AUGCGUUGCGCCUCAAUCUCGGCCGUGAUUUUCGCGGCUGGCGUUCAUGCCGCCGCUGUCAAUAUCAAGGUGAAGGCCACCUCCAGCACCGUCGGCUGGGAGACGGCUUAUACUGCGACCGGCACCGCGGCGGUUGCUGCUGCUGCCGCGACGGCCAAGACGAGCAGUCCGACCAGCAAGGUCAAGGGCAAGGCCUUUGAUCGCUUCGUCGUCAUCUGGAACGAGAACACCGACUACGAGAAGGCGCGCGGUGACGCCAACCUAUCGUGGCUCGCCUCCAAGGGUAUCCUUCUGGAGAAUAACUUCGCCGUCACCCAUCCUUCGGAGCCCAACUACUUUGCCUCCGUCUGCGGCGACUACCUCGGCAUGCAAAAUGACGACUUCAACCGCGCCGACCGCAACGUCUCUACUGUCUUCGACCUGCUCGACACCAAGGGCAUCUCUUGGGCCUCGUACCAGGAGGACAUGCCUUUCUCCGGCUUCGAGGGUAUGGCCUGGGUUAAUCGUCAGAACGGCGCCAACGAUUACGUCCGCAAGCACAACCCGCCCAUCUUCUUCGACAGCGUCACCAAAUCCGAGCAGCGCCUUUCUCAGAUCAAGAACAUCUCCAUGAUCAACAAGGACGCAUCCAUGUUCCACCGCGACCUCAAGGCCAACAAGCUGCCGCAGUGGAUGUUCAUCACGCCCAACAUGACCUCCGACGGCCACGACACUUCCGUCACGGUCGCCGGCACGUGGACUCGCAACUUCCUCGAGCCGCUGUUGAACGACAAGAACUUCAUGAGCAACACCCUGGUCCUCGUCACCUUCGACGAGAACGAGACAUACAGCCACCAGAACCGCAUCCUCGGAAUUCUUCUGGGCGAUGCUGUUCCCAAGGACAAGGUCGGCACGACUGACUCCAACUUCUACAACCACUACUCCGAGCUCGCGACGGUGCAAGCCAACUGGGACCUCCCGACGCUCGGCCGGUGGGACGUUGGCGCCAACGUCUUCCAGGUCGUCGCCGACAAGACGAAGAGCGUGAUCCGACAGUGGAGCGAGUCGUCCAAAACCCCCGAUCGCUUCUACAACCAGUCCUACGCUGGAUUCUUCAACACCAAGGCCCCGAAGCAGUACCCCAAGCCCAACUUGGGUUUGGAGAAGAACGCCGCCGGCAGGAAGAUUCUUGACAUCGUCAAGAAGACCUGGGAAAAGAGCACCGCGCCUACAUACUACGAGGACACCAUCCAAGUUCCCGAUGGCCUGAACCCUCCUGCUGGAUACAAGGCCUAA